AUGUCGGAGCCGCUGCGGCCCUUCCGCCUGCGCGGGUGCGGCAGCCCGCAGAAGUUCGGGGUGGCGGCCGGGAGCCUGCGCGGGCUGCUGCGGAAGGGCUGCCGGCUGCUGCAGCUUCCCUUGCCAGGCAGCCGCCUCUGCCUCUACGAGGACGGGACGGAGCUGACCGAGAGCUACUUCCGCGCCCUGCCGCCGCAGACGGAGCUGGUGCUGCUGGGCCCCGGAGAGACCUGGCGGGGCUGUGCCAGCGACAUCGAGCGGUUCCUGGCUGCCUUCUACGACCAGAGAGAUGCCGUCGUGGAGGCGGCGCGGAAGCUGCUCUCCGACGAGCGGGCCCCCAGGAGGCAGAAGCUGCUGGCGGAUCUCAUCCACAACCUGAACGAAAACAUCCUGGCCGAGGAGAAGGAGGACGACAAGAAGUGGUUUGAAGGUCUAGAGUCUCGCUUUAAGACCAAAUCAAGCUACAUGCGAUACAGUUGUGAAAGCAGAAUACGAAGCUACAUGAAAGAGGUUAGUAGUUUUAUUUCAAAUGUUCAUCCUACAGCAAGAGAUGCAUAUAAAAGGAUAAUUGACCUGAUGUCAGAUAAACUGAAAUCUGUGAAAUACAAUGGAUGCUACUUUGACAGAAGAGAGGAGGAGGCAGUCCGCCUGUGCACUACGGAGGGAUGGUUCUCUUGUCAGGGACCUUUCGACAGAGAUGACUGCCCAUGUAAGCAUUCUAUCAACCCCUACAGUAACAGGGAAAGCAGAAUCCUCUUCAGUACCUGGAAUCUCGACCACAUAAUAGAGAAGAAGCGUGCUGUUGUCCCAGAACUGGCAGAAGCUGUCAAAACACGAGAUGGAAGAGAAGUGAACUGGGAAUACUUCUAUCAGCUGCUGUUUACUGUGGAUAAUUUAAAGCUUGUACAUAUUGCUUGCCAUAAGAAAACCAAUCAUAAUCUCAGCUGUGACAAAACUAAAAUUUACGGAAGAAGGAAGCAGAACCACAAGAUUUCAUAGUGCUAUCUCUGGAAGUGACUUCUGCUUUUUUCAAAAUCAUUUCAUGUGGUAUCAUUUUUAAAUAGCUCUAGUUUCUUAAACAAAAACUUAAAUUUAAGAGUCCUUGGCAAAAGAGACCUGCUAAGUAAUUCAACUGCAAUCUCACAAAGCAUACAUUCAUAUCAUGCUUAAUUCUACUCUGCUACCUUCUCACUACAAGCCUUCCUUAGAUCAUGCUGUGUUAAGUGUGACAAAAAACAGCUGAGUCAGAGUAUAAAAAUGAGGCCAGGGGCUGACACUGAUUAUGCCUUACAAUUUCUUUCUUGCCGUGACAAAUGUAGUCCCAAAACUCAGAGUCCAUAGAAAUGAAACUUGGAAAAAACAUUUCUUAAACUGAUAUGAGGGGACUUGUAGAUUCAUAUUUCUCUGAACAUUAAGCCAAACAAAGAAUACUUUAGGGUAAUUAUUUUGCUCUGUGCCUUUUCCAGGUAGACAACCUCUCUCUUUCAGGUAUGCCAAAGAGCGAUUCAGUGACAGGGCUGCUGGCUCUUCUGUACCAAAAUACCUGUGCUCAUCCACACCCGCUCCAUCUGCUGCUGCUUUAGGUGUGCAUCUCCCAGAAGGAAGAGCAAGGCCAUGGCAUAUCUUUGCUUUUACCACCUUUGUCAGCUUUCCCAUUGAUUUCCCUCUCCUUCCCAACAGUUUCUGCCUCUUUAGCUUGAGUUUGCUUGAAGCAAUACAAGCAAUGUUACUGUAUAAUAAUCAUGUUUACCUGCCGCUUUAGAGAAUAUUGCUUUUGUAAAACACUUCCUACCUCAGGUAAAAAUACAAACAGAUCAAUUUUUACGUGAUUUUUUUUAAAUAUCAGCUGAUAGCAACUGAACUUUUAGGUGUACUAUCAGUGUAAACAAUGUGAGUUGUUUUAAAAUA